AUGCCUCGCCUGGUGCCUGGCCAGACUACUGCUGCUCCAGAAGAGGGGGCCAAUGGAAGCAAUUCCAACAGCGGUAGCAACACUACUAGUGGUGGUAGCACCAGUAGCGGCAGCAACAGCAAGACCCCGCUACUGGCGGUCGAUUUCCCAGACCCAUGUAUCGUGCGAGAUCCUCUGUCAGGAACCUGGUAUGGAUUUGGAACCGGGUCAUGGCAAUCAGUGUUGAGCGACAGCACGGGAACAACGACAUUCAAGAACAUUCAAGCUGCCUCAGCCCCUGCACUAGGAGGACCCUGGACAUAUCUUCCAGAUGCAAAUCCGCUACCGACAGCAGGAAACUGGACAUCCUACCCACAAGAAAAUCCGACAACAGAUACACUAACCUGGGCGCCGUCCGUGGUACGCAUCAACCUCACCGCUGCCGGUGAUACCAGCCAGACAUACCAGUAUGUCAUGUACUACUCGGCGCUACAUCCAUCAACAACCAUCAACAUCACCACGUCGGCUGCGAACCCUGUUGACAACACAACCAUCGUCACUAACACAACCGUCACAACAACGGACACAACGCUCCAUUGCAUCGGCGCAGCACUCUCGCCCCCAAAUGAGCCUCUCGGCCCUUACACGCCGCUGCCUACACCGUUGAUCUGCCCGCUCUCACAAGGAGGUGCGAUCGAUCCCUCAGGGUUUGUCGACCCAGCCACUGGGCGACGAUAUAUCCUGUACAAAGUCGACGGCAACUCACUCGGCGGAGGCGGCGAGUGCAAUAACGGAGUUUCCCCCGAGCGCGGCACGCCCAUCAUGUUACAAGAGGUCGAUGCACUUGAUGGAGUAACGCUGAUUGGAGAGCCUGUGCAGGUGCUAGAUCGCGAUGCUGCAGUUGAUGGGCCGUUGGUUGAGGCGCCAGAGUUGGCGCUGCUGAAUGGAGAUAAAGAUGACGAUGAUGGGGGAGUGUAUGUCCUGCUGUACAGCAACCAUUGCUGGGAUGGCCCGCUCUACAGCGUCAACUAUGCCGUGUCGAAGGUAGCGGAUGGGGGGAGUGUCAAGGGGCCUUUCAAACGAGCGGUGGGAGCAAAGCCGUUGAUUCAGACAGGAGAUGGAUUCAACAUUACCGCGCCAGGAGGUGCAGCCUGGGCUGAGGGAGGAGGUUGGAUAGUAUUCCAUGGGAACUGCGAGCAGGGGAGAUGUCUGUUUGGAGCGGCGAUCGCCGCCGCUACGAAUGGAAAUGUCACUGUUUCAUGA